AUGUCAAAAAAUCCACAUAUGCCGUGUCGUGUAUGGUCUCGGUUUCAAUCGAGGAGGCCAGAUGGCAGUAUAUUAAAAUUACGCAUUCAAAAUGCUCCCAAUGAUCUUUUAGAAGAGAUUAUAGAAUUUAACGUGAAAUAUUUUUGUCCCGACGAAACUUUUCAAAAAGCUGCAGGGAUAGCAUCUAAUCCUGAAGCUUUAGCAGAAUAUCGAAGAGGAUUCAUACAUAUGGCGAAAAACUGGUUUAUUGUAAUUUGCUGUAAUGACGAGUCUCCAUCAGUGGAUAAAAUACUAGGAGUAUGUUCAGUUUACUUAGAAAAAGAAAAAAUGUCAUUUCAAGGAAAUGAGUUUCAGACAAAGGAAAUGCAGACAUUGUUUAAAAUAAUAGACGAAAUGAACAAAUUUGAUAAAGCAGUAAAGAAUGAAUUCGAAUACUUUCAUGAUGGGAGAGGGAUUUCCGUGCAUCCUGAGUAUAGAGGAUUGGGUAUCGCUAGAGAGUUCUUUAAAGUGAGACGUUUUCUUAUAAAUGAACAGAAUAUUCCAAUGACUUGUGGGUGGAUGACGUCUUACGGGUCCCAAAAGGCAGCCCAAAACGAUAAUUGGGAGACAAGGGCUGAAGUCAAUGUUGAGGAAAUUGAACAAAACUGUGGAGUAAUAUUUAAAGAUAACCCUACCACUUUCAAAUUCAUGAUAGCUACAGCUAAUAAUGGGUUUAAGUAA